CAAAGACCCAGUCGAAGGGCGGGCGGAGUUCUCCAUGCGCCCAUCCAUCAGUGCCCCUCGCUCGCUCCAAUGAGACGUCUAUCUUUUUGCCAUCGGAUCCCUUCACGCCCUUCAGACUAUUAUCUUGUACCAAGCAUCCUUCUCCCUCCCAUAUCAGGUGCGAUUCAACCUAACAUCAACUCUUUAAGAAGACAUCUUGCGCCCCCAUAAUAUCCAGGCGUUUGGCUUGUGCAAAGUUGAGCUUCCUCUCCGUUUCGUCGCUUCUUCCUAUUGUCUACUUUUCUCUAUCCUAGCCUCGUCUCCUCCCCGACCCAUAUCCUUUGUCAAAGAUGGCCCCUUCUGCGAUCAGCGACCUCCUCCCCUCCGGCCCCGUGGCCUCAAAGUCCGUCACUCCCGGCAAGGAAGAACAUGUCCACGGGAUGGAGGACAAGUCGCCCCUCGCGGCCAUUUCCCACGGCGACGUGAUGUUGCCCGGUGUACCCAAAUUCGACAACUUCGCCGCCCAACGCCAAUGGCAACUUGAGCACAUGGCCGCUGCUUUCCGUCAUUGGGCACGAGAGGGAUUCGUUGAGGGCAUUUCAGGACAUAUCAGCGUGCGCGAUCCGGAGAACCACGAAGUCUUCUGGACGAACCCGCUGGGCGUGCACUUCGGCCUUCUCAAAGCCAGCGACAUGAUCGCGGUGAACCUGGCGGGCAAGGUCGUGGGGGGCAACACCAGCCGCCCGCCCAACGCCGCGGGCUUCCUGAUCCACAGCGAAGUGCACAAAGCCCGCCCGGACGUGACGGCCAUCUGCCACGCGCACACCGUCUACGGCAAGGCGUGGUCCGUCUUCGGCCGGCCGCUGGAGAUGCUGACGCAGGACGCCUGCAAGUUCUACAACGCGCACUCGGUCUACAACUCGUACGGCGGCGUCGUGCUCGCGAGCGAGGAAGGCGCCCAGAUCGCCAAGGCCCUGGGCCCGACCAACAAGGCCUGCAUCCUGCGCAACCAUGGCCUGUUGACCGUGGGCAAGACCGUCGACGAAGCCGCCUUCCUGUUCACCAGCAUGGAACAUGCCUGCCAGGGCCAGCUGCUGGCCGAGGCCGCCAGCCAGGGUGGCAACUUGCCCAAGGUCCUCAUCUCGGAGGAAGAGGCGCAAUACACGAACAAGAUGGAGAGCGAUGAAGAGACCUGCUAUGCCGAGUUCCAGGUCUACGUGGACUGGGAGGAUUAUCACAGCAAAGGCGACUUUAGGAAAUAGAUGGGCCGCGUUAGCGAGACAGUGACUAAAGAGGACGACAAAAUCCGUUUAGACGUAGUGGUAGGAGUCAUAAAGUUGAUAUAUUAUUAUAAAUACCGUGACGUGUCCGGUGCGCUCCUCUCAGUAACGGUAUUAGCAAGUCAGUUAUGUAUGCGUGGCAGGGAGGGAGACACCCUCGGUCCGUG